AUAUUGUGUCAGUUUUCUGUAUGAAUGUUUUGUUGCACAUCAGUGCUUCUCAACCUACCUGUACAAACCUGGAAAACUCUAGAAUAAGGAAUAAAGAAAUAAUGGACGUGGGCAUAGACAUUAUAGAGCACAGCUCGGUUGUAGAUUGUGCGGCGGAAUGCAAACUCCGUAACAAGUGCACAUCAUUCAGCUUUCAGCGUUCUAAUGGAAAAUGUAAACUUUUUGGAAUUACAAUCGAACAAGCCGGGAACUCAGUUGCAACACAGGUUGGAACUGACAUACAAAAUAUUGUGGCCUGGCCUUCUAGAAUAGCCGGACCUUGUGCGAACCACAACUGUCUCAGCACUGACAUUUGUGAACCGACCAGCCAGUCUUCAGUGCAAUGCGUCACAGUCUACUGUCCAUCCAUUCCAAAUGUUCUGCACGCUAAAGCCGACUUCAUCACAACCUACGAGACGACAAAAGUAGGAAGUCAACUGUCUUACACGUGUGAUGUUAACUUCCAUCCAGUUGGUAACAGAACCUGUCUCCCAAACGGAACGUGGUCUGACUUCAGAUGUGAACCUGAUUGCCCCGCCCCACCCCCUGUGGCGAAUGCCGUUCCUGCAUACACAGGCCAGCCCAACUCCACUGUUGGUACCGUGCUGUCAUACACGUGUAACACCUUUUAUGAACCAGCGGGCGAGAUGCGGUGUUUGGCUGGAGGAAUUUGGUCGAAUUUCACAUGUUCAGGUGGCUGCCCAACGGACGACGGGUACACGUUUCUUGAAUCACCGGCAUUAUGCUUUAAGAUUGUCCUUGACAAAAAUCCAUAUGCUGUAGCACGUGACGCCUGCAUCCAAUCAGGUAGCAGAUUGAUCGUCUUAGACACGCCGGAGAAAAAUGCAAAAAUCAUUAACUAUUUCACGUCCCAUAAUUUCGUAGGUUAUUUCCUGAUUGGCCUGACCGACAAACAGAAAGAAGGAGUGUUUGUCUGGGAGAACGGAGUUGUCGCUGAAUUCACAAAGUGGGAGCCUGGUGAACCAAACAAUCGUAACGGUUACGAAAACUGCGUGGUGCUGAAAUCGGCAUCGUUGUCAUGGUUCGACACCUUGUGCGCAACACCAAGGAACUACAUCUGUGAGAAACAACCCUGAUCAUGAUAGUAACAACCAUGCUUUGUUUAAGUCGUUUGCGAGAAACAACCCUGAUCAAGGUGGUAACAAACAUGCCUUAUUUAAUUAAUACAUCUAUGAGAAACAACCCUGAUCAAGGUGGUAACAACCAUGCCUUGUUUAAUUAAUACAUCUGUGAGAAACAACGCUGAUCAUAUCAUGAUUAUUUUUGAUGGUAUUACUAUUAUUAAAAUAUAUUGCUAUUAUUUUUAUUAUUGCUAUUAUUGUUAUAGUUAUUAGUAGUAGUAGUAGUAGUAGUAGUAGUAGUAGUAGUAUUUAAUUAUACUCUACUGGCGGGCAAAAUAAAGUAUACCGACGAUUUCUUAAAUAUGUUUUUAUAUCAGACCGAUAGCCAAAGUGCAUAAAAUACAAAAUGGAUAAUAUUAACACCACUCCAUGUUCGGGCAUUGUCCAUUGUUGUCGCAAUGAAUUGUGGAAAUCGAUUUUAACGUUUUGUACGGACCUUUUAAUUCACGUGUGCAAAAUGUGUACAAAAACGCAGACAUAUGAAUAUGCAGAGACCACUUGUUCGAAAAAUCACCAAAAAAUAUGCAACAUCUAACCGCAGAACAGGGAACGAGCCAUUGGUACGGCGUAAUACCAAUAUUGCACGACGGUUUGCUUGCACCAAAACAACGACAGCGAGACUAAUGAAACGAUUUAGGCAAAUAGGGAAAGCAACUAACCUACCACGCAGCGGACGAGUACGUUUUACAACACCGCGGGAAGACCGUUAUCUGAGAACGUCACAUCUACGGAAUAGGUUCUUAGCAGUGACGUCAUCUGCAUCCAAUGCUUUGGGUCGUGUAGUAAGUCGACGUACUGUGUCACAACACAUGGAAUUCGUGCCUACAGACAAUACAGAGGAACAGUUCUGUCACUUGAACAUCGCGUCCGGAGGCUAACAUGGGCCAGAAAGGUCCUUCGAUGGCGACUUCAACAGUGGCAGAGAGUACUGUUUACAGAUGACAGCAGGUUCUCUCUCUACAGGUCCGACGGCUGAGUUCGAGUUUACAGACGCAGAGGAGGAAAAACCCCCAGCACGAGCCGGUAAUUACAAAUUUGAAUCUUUUGGCGGAGGCAGUGUAAUGGUGUGUGACGGGAUUAGUGGUUACCAGAAGACGGAACUUAUCGUCAUUUAGGAUAAUCUAAACGGUGUUAGAUAUCGUGAUGCAAUCCUGUAUCCUGUGGUUCUUCCAUUUCUUCAACAACAGCAACAUGGAACCAUAUUUCAACAUAACAACGCCAGGCCCCAUUCUGCUUGGAUAGUACAGAACUUCAUACACGCUAACAACAUCGAUGUUUUACCUUGGCUAGCUAGAUCCCCAGACAUGUCUACGAUUGAGCAUGUGUGGGAUCAACUUUACACAUGAAUCAAACGAUGACCGAACCCCGCAGGAAACAGACAAUAGCAUACACAUGCUCUGACUGAAGAAUGGAGAAGAAUACCCAAUGACGUCAUCAGACGAUUGACCUGUUCCAUGAGACGUCUUGUCGUGGUGUCUAUUGAUGUUCAGGGUGGCCAUACCCGUUAUUAAACACACAUGGUCCACACAAUUAUUGAACAAGUUGACCGUGUUUAUUUCAGCACAUUGUGUUAAUUAACAAAUUGAACCCACGUGUCUGUCGACUAUUAUCAUGCAAUCUCUAUGUAGUGUUCAACUGUUAUAUUACAUGUGACAGUCUAACAAUGUAUACAAGUUUUCAUUAAAUCUAAAUGUUAUAACAAAAAUGUUUUCGUUAUUUCAACUUCCUUUUAUAAAUCAACGGUAUAGUUUCUUUUGCCCGUCAGUAUAUACACACACGCGCACACACAUACUUACUCUCUCUCUCUCUCUCUCUCUCUCUCUCUCUCCUCUCUCUCUCUCUCUCUCUCUCUCUCUCUCUCUCUCUCUCUCUCUCUCUCUCUCACACACACACACACACACGUACAUUAUUGUUAUAGUACGUAUUGUUAUAGUAGUAGAUUGUUGUACACACUUGUAGAAUUUGGCCUAUUUUAUUUCAGUAAUUGGCCAUAUUGGAUUUCUAUAAUUUAAAACACCUUACAUACAGCAAACUCAAACUUUAAAACAUUUUAUUACCAAGAAUAAUAAAAACAAAUGCAUAAAGAGAAUUUUAAAUACAAGUUUCAUUUGCUUUUAAUGUAAAUUUCUGUUUGUCUGCUUUCUUAGCGGCCGCCUCAUAUCUUGCAAAAGUGUCGCGAUGUCACUGUAAUGCUGAACAUUCAGAUUCCCAUGGAUCGAUGUAAAUGAAGUAGUUUUGUCCGAUGUCACGAAUUCCUGCCCACACCAUGACGCAAACACCACCACAUCGGUCACGUUCAGAGCAUGAGGGACGCUGUACCACUGUCAGUGUCCAGUGUGAUGAGACACGUUACCGACAAUUUUUUGAUUUUCGCAUAUGGACCCACAAGCACCAUUUAACGAUGUGACAGUCACACAUUUCAGUUUGUGUUGAACAUUUUCUAUAACUUAUAUUAACACACCGUGCCUCAAUUAAAUGCACUGCCUGGUUUUAUUUUGUAAGUCACAGGGUUUCUUUUAUUUACGCAAAAUUACCAAAUUGCUAAAC